CCAAUAUGAAGCCUUUAAAACUGAAGAAUUGUUCAAAAUCGAAGUCUAAAACUGUGAAUAAGACUACUAGCCAGCUCAAAAUUCCAUCGUUGAAGAUGAAGCCAAAUGGUACUAUGAGAUUAUGAAAGGUGAAGAGAAAAAGAAGGUUUAUUAGCCCAAGGCAGAUUAAUAAAGCAUUCUUAGAUAGGUGAAGGCAGACAUCUAGAGGACCAAAGAGGCAAAGUGCUCUGUUAGCAAUAAUUACUUCGAGAGCCAAAAAGAUGACAAUCCAAAGAAGUAAGAACACACCCAAGAUUUCUGCAAAGAGUCCUGUACCAAACCAUAAUCUUAGAACAUUGGUAUCACCAGUUGAAGAGCAAUUUGAUGCUCAGGAAAGAAGGUAUAUGGAUAUCAUCAAAAAGGCCCAGAAGGCUCUCAAUCGGAGCCCUAGAGUGCUUAAUUCACCUGGAAUACUCAAAAAGUUGCUUUCAAAUUGGGACUCCAUCAAAAGCCAAGAACGAGAAAAAGAUAGGAGGUAUCUAUCACCGAAACAGCAAGAUUUCUUCAAAUUCGAUGAUGCCACGCAGGACUUCGAUAUAAGUGAAAUCAAGAGCUUCAGCUUGGAUAAAAAGCAAAAUGAACGCGCGAAUAAAAAGUCUAUCUAUAGUACUAAAUUUUUAUAA